AUGCCUCGAAUUAAAAGCGUUCAUUCGAAGGUAUACAAAUGCCCUCGUCGUCCUUUUGAGAAAGAGCGAUUAUAUCAGGAAUUGAAAUUGAUUGGCGAGUUUGGUUUGCGAAAUAAACGUGAGGUUUGGCGGGUAAAAUACACUCUUGCGAAAAUCCGUAAAGCAGCGCGCACACUUUUAACUUUAGAAGAAAAGGAUCCUAAACGGUUAUUCGAAGGUAACGCUUUACUCCGGCGAUUAGUGCGGAUCGGUGUACUGCCAGAAGAUCGUAUGAAAUUGGAUUAUGUCUUAGGCCUUCGUGUUGAAGAUUUUUUUGAACGUCGACUUCAGACUCAAGUAUUUAAACUUGGUCUUGCUAAAUCUAUUCAUCAUGCUCGAGUAUUAAUUCGUCAAAAACAUAUAAGAGUACGUCGUCAGAUUGUGAAUGUCCCAUCGUUUAUAGUUCGUCUUGAUUCGCAGAAGCACAUUGAUUUUUCACUGAAAUCACCAUUUGGUGGUGGAAGAGCUGGUCGUGUAAAGAGACGCAAUGCCAAGAAAGGUGCAGGAGGUGAUGGAGAAGAAAGUGAAGGUGACGAAUGA